ACUUACGAUUCUUGGACUAUGAGAUGCAGAAUUCAAAUGAAUGCAAAAGGAAUUUUGUGGCUGUGUACGACGGAAGCAGUUCUGUGGAGGAUUUGAAAGCUAAGUUCUGUAGCACUGUGGCUAAUGACGUGAUGCUGCGCACAGGUCUUGGGGUGAUCCGCAUGUGGGCGGACGAGGGCAGUCGAAACAGCCGCUUUCAGAUGCUCUUCACGUCCUUUCAAGAACCUCCUUGUGAAGGCAAUACUUUCUUCUGCCAUAGUAACAUGUGUAUUAACAAUACGUUGGUCUGCAAUGGACUCCAGAACUGUGUGUAUCCUUGGGAUGAAAAUCAUUGUAAAGAAAAGAGGAAAACCAGCCUGCUGGACCAGCUGACCAACACCAGUGGGACUGUCAUUGGCGUGACUUCCUGCAUUGUGAUCAUCCUUAUUAUCAUUUCUGUCAUUGUACAGAUCAAACAGCCUCGUAAAAAAUAUGUCCAAAGGAAAUCAGACUUUGAUCAGACAGUGUUCCAGGAGGUGUUCGAACCUCCUCAUUACGAGUUAUGCACUCUCAGAGGGACAGGAGCUACAGCUGACUUUGCAGAUGUGGCAGAUGACUUUGAAAAUUUCCAUAAACUGCGGAGGUCAUCUUCCAAAUGCAUUCACGACCAUCACUGUGGAUCACAACUGUCCAGCACUAAAGGCAGCCGCAGUAACCUCAGCACAAGAGAUGCUUCUAUCUUGACGGAAAUGCCCGCACCACCCGUCAAACCCCUCAUCCCACCCGUGAACAGAAGAAAUAUCCUUGUCAUGAAACACAGCUACUCGCAAGAUGCUGCAGAUGCCUGUGACAUUGAUGAAAUCGAGGAGGUGCCAACCACAAGUCACAGGCUGUCCAGACACGAUAAAGCCGUCCAGCGGUUCUGCCUCAUUGGGUCUCUAAGCAAACAUGAAUCUGAAUACAACACAACUAGGGUCUAAAAAGAAAAUUCAAGACUGCUUGAGAAUAGUGCGUUCCUGAGUGAUUUUGAACAUGCUACACUGAAAAGUGGAAAUGUGGAUCAUGGAAACAUCAGCUAGAGGUUUUAUGGACUAUGAACACCUAUUGUUUUAUUAUGAUUAAAUGCAGCAAAAAGUAACAAGUAAAAUUAUCAGAUGGCAAUAAGAAAAAUCUCAGUUUUUGGUCUUUCCUAUGUACCCCCAAUUUCCUCUUAGUUUUAUAUCAAAGGAAGAUACCCAGUUUCAGAAAUAGUUUUUGAAAUCAGGUAUUUUACUGUUCAUACCCUACAAUAGAAAUGUUUUGAUUAAGCACUUAGACAUAUGACUGAAUUGACAGUGUGAGAAAAUACCCUGCAUGUCAGUACCGGAUAUUUGAGUUGGGAAAAUAUCCUUUUUAUUAAACACAUUGUAAAAAGCAUGCAUUCUUCAAAACUGCUGUUACUCUUCCAUUUCUUUAUGUCAUAUGCUUGCUACUUGUAACUUUUUAUAUAAAGAUAUAUAAAAUGUAUAAUAAUUUCCUAA